CUGAACAAUAUCGCAGUGCAUAAGCGUCACUCGUCCGGGGCGAUUGAUUUUAUUAUAAUUUCAUUGAAUUAUAAAAAUAAUUAUAUUUAUUUAAAAUGCAAAUAAAAGAUAAAAAAGCUAUCAUUAUUGGUACUAUCAAUCGACUAGGAAUAGCUUUUUGUCGUGAAUUGCUACGAAAUGGUGCUGAAAAAAUUGUAAUGAUUGGAGAUGAAGAUAUUAAUGGCAAUGAAGUAUCUUCAAUCGAAAAUUUAAAUCUUGAAUUUGGUGAAGAAAAAGUUACACAUUUUAAAAAUGAUAUAUCAAAAAGUAGUGAAUUAGAUAUUAUAUUUAAAGAAGCAAUAAAUUAUCUUGGAGGGCUUGAAAUUCUUAUUAAUAAUGCAGAUCUUCUCAAUGAAACGGACUUAACGAAAGCUAUUGACGUUAAUAUCUCUACUGUAAUUCGUAGUAGCCUUCUAGGAGUACAACAAAUGGGAAAAGAUAUGGGGGGUAAAGGAGGAAUUAUCGUCAAUGUUGCAACAAUUUUUGGCCUUGAACCUGUACCACAACUCCCUAUUUAUUCAACUGCGAAACAAGCAGUUAUCAGUUUUAGCCGCUCAUUUUCACAACCUUAUCAUUUUAAGAGAACAGGAGUUAAAGUCGUUGUACUUUGUCCAGGAUUAUCAAAAUUACUUACCUAUCCAUGUGAAAAAAGUCAAAAUGAUGAUACGGAAAUUAUUGAAACCGAAAGUGCAAGAGUUCACCCUCAAAAAGUUGAAACAGUUGCUCAUGGGUUAGUCUAUGUGAUAAGAUGCGCACAGAAUGGAAGUAUCUGGAUAAGUGAAAAUAAUAAACCAGUUUAUGAAGUACAACCUCCGGAUGUACUACCCCCAAAACAAAAAGAAGAAGAUUCUUUAAACAUUUAAACUAUGAGAUUAUCACUAAUUUUUUUUUAAAUAUGUUUAUUGAAUCUUUAAAUAUUAUUCAUGUAUCUCCAAAUUAAUUUCAAUAAAAUUAUUAAAUUUCAAAAA